ACCGCCCCACCCGUCCCACGCACCGUAAAAUCUCGAGCAGAUUUUUUACUCCUCCCGUUUAUCCGUUCGGCCAGAUACGAUCAACAAAUACGAAAGUUUAUACUACCGUCCCUUACAAGCGGGCCCCAGCACGGGAAACGUAGGUGGGACCACGUUAUCAGUGAGCGUGUAAAGGCAAGCCACGUACUAUUUAUUAGCGAUAAUAGCGCGACGACAGGGUGCUCCCACGGCCGUCGACGCAAAGCGAGAUCCCUCUCCAUCCAAACGAAAACCCACCCACGCGCCGCUGCGGCGGUUCCAUAUAUACAAAUAUCGCCCCACAUUGCCGCCACCCAAUCUGAUCUCCCUAAACAACGCCGCGGAGAGGGAGAUCGAUCGCCGGAACAGGAGGAGGAGAGGAGAUGGCUACCUCGAUCUGCUCCGCCAACGACGACGGCCACUACGUGGUGUCCUUCGACGAGGACGCCAUCCGCACGACGCUCGCGGACAGCGGCGACACGGUGGACUCGUGGCUGGACGAGAUCUACCGCGUCCACCGGCGCCGCCUCCGCCGCCUCGUCGUCGACCUGGACGUCGAGUGGCGCCCGUCCCACUACGGCCACUACUACACGCCCCCCGUCGCGCUGCUGCAGCUCUGCGUCGGCCGCCGCUGCCUCGUGUUCCAGAUCCUCCACGCCGAUUACAUCCCGGGCUCGCUCUUCGACUUCCUCGCCGACGAGCGCUUCACCUUCGUCGGCGUCGGGAUCGGCGACGACGCCGCCAAGCUGCGCGCCGGGUACGGGCUCGAGGUGGGGUGCGCCGAGGACCUGCGCGGCCUCGCCGCCGACACGCUCGGGAACCCCGCGCUGCGCUCGGCCGGGCUGCAGGAGCUGGUGUGGGAGGUGAUGGGCGUGCAGAUGCAGAAGCCGCACCACGUCCGCGUGAGCGCGUGGGACGCGCGCAGCCUGUCCUACAGCCAGCUCAUGUACGCCAGCGUCGACGCGUUCGCCUCCUUCGAGGUCGGCCGGAGGCUCUACGACGGCGACUACUAG